CAAGGUUCGCCCCGCGCUGUCAGCCACAGUCCUACGUGUUGCUUUGAGUCCCAGAGGACGGAGUUUCUCUGACAAACACCAACCGACGACAGAGCUGCAGCACCGACACACACUCACCGACACACACUGACACACACAGACUCAGUGGAGACAGUUUACCACUGAGCCUCGAGCUGAUCGGACACAGAGAGAAGGAUACACUGCAGGUUUCAUGUGUCAAACUCGACUUGAUGUCCCGGAGAAGAUCACAGUUUAACUCAGGAGAAAAACAACAAAAUAACACAACAUCUUGUGUAAAUGGACACAGUGAAGAUCUCGUAAAGGAGGCGUUUUGAACCAGGACAUCUUAUCCCCACGCAUUCGCACACAGAGUUAGAGACAUGGAUGUGACGGCUGACCAGCCCCGCUGGAUGCAUCACGCCAUGCUCAACGGACAGCACACGGACUCCCACCACGGCCUGGGUCACCAGUACAUGGAGCCCACGACGCAGCUCCUGCCUCCGGAUGAAGUGGAUGUUUUCUUUAAUCACCUGGACUCACAGGGAAACCCGUACUACCACAACUCCGCCCGGGCCAGAGUGUCCUACGGCCAAGCGCACGCUCGUCUGACGGGGACUCAGGUGUGCCGACCUCAUCUCCUCCACAGCCCGGGGAUUUCAUGGUUGGACGGUGGUAAAGCAGCUCUCUCCGCUGCUCACCACCACAACGCCUGGGCCGUCAGUCCCUUCAGCAAACCCAGCCUCCACCACCCGGGCUCCGCGUCCCCCGGCGGCCUCUCCGCGGUCUACCCGUGCAGCAGCAACUCAAACACGGUCUCCGCGCCGUCGCUAACGCCGCCCUCCCACUCCAGCCCGCAUCUGUACACGUUCCCUCCGACACCGCCCAAGGACGUAUCACCAGACCCGGGGGCCGCGUCUCCUGCCACCAGAAUGGAUGAGAAGGAAUCUAUCAAAUAUCAGGUGUCGUUAGCGGAGGGGAUGAAAAUGGAGGGAUCCAGUCCACUCAGGAGCAGCCUGGCCUCUUUGAGCACGCAGUCGCCCUCCACCCAUCAUCCCAUACCCACGUAUCCAGCCUACUCUCUCCCGGCGGCGCACGAGUACGGCAGCAGUCUGUUUCACCCAGGGAGUCUGCUGGGAGCAUCAUCCAGCUUCAACCCCAGAAACAAAGGCAAGGCUCGCUCCUGCACCGAUGUGACAUCUGUGUGUUUCUCUUCAGAGGGCCGCGAGUGUGUCAACUGUGGAGCCACGUCCACGCCUCUGUGGAGACGUGACAGCACCGGUCACUACUUGUGCAACGCCUGCGGCCUGUACCACAAGAUGAACGGCCAGAACAGACCGCUCAUCAAACCCAAGCGCAGGCUGUCUGCUGCCAGACGAGCAGGCACCUGCUGCGCUAACUGCCAGACGACCACCACCACACUCUGGAGACGCAAUGCAAACGGCGACCCUGUGUGCAACGCCUGUGGCCUCUACUACAAGCUGCACAACGUAAACCGACCUCUGACCAUGAAGAAGGAGGGAAUACAGACACGCAACCGCAAAAUGUCCAACAAAUCCAAAAAGAGCAAGCGAGGCUGCGACAGCUACGAGGAGUUCUCCAAAAACCUUCACGACAAGAACUCUCCCUUCAGUGCUGCCUCUCUGGCCGGGCACAUGUCCAUGGGCCACUUGCCACCAUUUAGCCACGCCGGACACAUGCUCCCCACACCCACACCGAUACACCCGUCAUUCGGCCACCCACACCACUCUAACAUGGUGACAGCCAUGGGCUGAGCAGACGGAGAGGGGGGGGUUAGCAUUGAGCUAUUUCAAGAUCAUGACAGAUUAAUUAAAGGAGAUGAGGGUCUCACUAUAAGGACAGUGGGGACAGUGUGACAGUGUGCAUCUUCAUCUUGAUUGUCUCUUGGUUUUGACAUUGGUGAUGUCACAGGAAUGUUGGAGAAAAGAUGUAUCAAGGAAAGGACAUUUUGUUUUGCUUCUUAUCUAUGGGUAGAUAUUUUGAUGGAGAAAGAUUCACAUGUAAACACAAAAAUGCCACCACACCUCAUAGUUUUGCUCCAACUGUCCCCACUGACGCCCUGACUGUCCACAGUGUGGUUCAGCAUGUGCUGAGCAGGUUUAUGUGACUGUGAAUACUGUAAAUGUAUUAGAUCGGGCUGUCCCACACACUGCAGGCCCCUUCGUAACCUUAAACAAAAAUAUGCUGGAUUUUUAUUUCCUUCUUUUUUUUCCUCAUGGACAAUUUUAAAAGGAAUUUUCUCAACAAAAAAAAACAAGCAAACAAUAUGUGUAUGAAUCCUAAUUUGACACUGUUUAUUAUAAUUAUUGUUAUAAUAAUAUUAUUAUUAUUAUUAUUGUUGUUGUUGUUGUUCAGAUAAUUUAUUUUUAUUGCCUCUUUUCUUUCAAUAUAUCACAUGAAUCAUAUGGAUACUGUUAUCCCAGUAAUCAAUAUAUUUUUAGCUGAUGUGCUUUCUCUGAGCUGGUCAACAUUUAUACUCACAAGAAAUAAAUAAAUCACAUUCAUUAUGCAA